AAUAGUCCGCUUGGCAUAAGCUGCACAAGAAAAGUGAGGCGUGUGGUUCAUAAAAAGGAAAUCCCCACGUACUGUAUUAUAGUUCACUGCUACAACAUCGUUUGUUUAUUCUAGUGGAUCACACAGGAGCACAAGUAGUGCAAAAUGCCAGGAAUCCUUUCGUCUCUAUUAAAAGGUCUUUGGAUGCGAUUCGCUGUCUUAUACCUUGUGUCAGCUUGUGAUAUCAAAAAGAACUCCUUUAACAUCAGUGCGAACUGGCUGUACUUAUCUUGCUCGUGUGGCGGUCAACCGACCACAGAUCGCUGGCAUCAGUUGCUGUCCGUGGCGCUGUCCGUGUCCUAUGACAACCGAGAAGAAAGGCUGGUGUCUCUACAAACUGCCAGGAGUGCACAGCAGGAAGCUAGCAAUUGGACAGUGCAGGUCACGAACAGUGAAUUCAGUGGCACAGCAGUCACCGCACAACUUGAUGUCAUCAUUGACCUCGCGUCCAAAACGGGACUGAUGGAGUUCCGGUGCAACUUUGUAGCCAUUGACCCUUACCACAAGCAUCAGUACCAAAUAAAAUCCUGGACGUUUGAAGCUCCAGCAGGCUCAAAGACUGCGGUAACGGUCCAAAGUUUUGUAACUAAGGCGUCAGUCGGCGACUCUACAACAGCUCCACCAUCAACAGCAAUCACAUCAGCAGCCAUCAGAACGCCAUUUAAUCCCACAAUAUUAACCAGACUACGCUCGGAAAAGACUACUGCCUAUCAGGAAACCUCUACUGCAAAGGCAACUUCGCUGACAAGGUCGACAAAUGAAGCGACCUCAACAACCGAGAAAUCCACUUCAAGGGAAACGAAAAGGUCUAGCACUGGUGUCCAAGCCUCUGAAGAACAAACUGGUGCCAGCGAAGCGCUGAAUGGAGUAAACAACUAUAUCAGCCUGACCGUUGGUUUUGCAGUUCUUGCCGCUCUUGCAAUCGUCAUCUUAGUGUCUGUUGUUUGGCUGAUAGUUAGAUGGCGCACAAAGCCUGUGGCAGACCCUCCUUUACCACAGCCGCACAGACCAUCUCUGACAAGAACACUUUCACAAGAGCUGUUCAACAAGAUCAACGAUUUUUUCAGCGGCACGCUAACGCCGUCCAUGUUAGAUGCGUUCAAGAGGAGGGACAGUCACGUGUAUGAAACUCCUUAUGAUGUUCCAAAUGAUGAGGAAUUCGAACACACACACGGCACGCUGAACGCGGAGAACAGUUCAAUCAAGGAUGCUAGAUGUGUCAGCGAGUGUGUGGAAGACUGUGAUGAAACACUCCAUACAGUUUCGUCUGAACGCCCCUCGGCGGACGCUGCCUUAUACUUAACGCCUGUUUCAGGGGACAAGAGACAAGACGACUUAAGUGCAAAUGUUCCUUCAUCAUAUAUCACUCCUUCUCCAGAAUAGCGGCCUGUACAUGAUCAAACGUCAAAUAUUUCUAACAUCAUCAAAACUGUACACUUGCUUUGAAAGCAAAAGUUUAUUGUCAAUUUAUUAUUAUUCUUGCUUUGUUUUCCUCACACGGAGGCAAGUAUAUUGCGCUUUACAGAGAGGAGGUGGUGGGGAAUGAGGCUGUGUGGUUAAUACAAGUUCAUGGUGUGAUAGAGAUGGAUAUCACAAUCAAGCAGGAUAUAGGGAAUGUGUAUAUACAUGCAGCUAACAACGCCAGGAACAUGACGGAACACAGAUAGGAGUAAGGUGGGGAAAGGCACAGCAAUGGUAGACCUAUUACAAUGGGUGUUUCCGAAAGAGAGGUUUUUAAGUCAAGACCGGAAAUCCUGUAGCAUCUCGAUGGAGGGACAGAGGAUUUCAGGAUAGGUCACCUUACUUACCAUAUAUAUUUCUAUUUCUGUUCUUCCUAUUCUCCCCUGCCUUCUACCCCCUUCCAAUAAAACACAACUUUCUACAAAACUGUUUCCACAUACACGAAAAUAGACGAGAUUCAAACUGAUCCCCCUCUUUACGAGAUUCUAAGCAGUUUUAUUUUGCCUUUACAAUCCCUUUAAGUUGUUUAAUAUAAUCAGCAUACUGUGAUAUAUGCGAUGGACGCGCUCCUGCACGUAUAGGGAAGUGCUAUCAAACUUGUAUUUUUUAUUCUUAUAACUUGUACAUAUGCAGUGGCGGACUCUGUCGGGCAUUUGGGGAAUGCCCGGUGGGCCGGUGGGCCUAUUUUGUUCCAUAGAAUAAUAUUAUAGGCCUAUUUUAGUGAGAAGGGCCGCUCUGUAAAUAAUGCCCGGGCCGCUUUAAAGCUCCAGUCCGCCCCUAUGCUAAUGGUCUACAUAUGCUAAUGGUCUCACGAGCCUGAACUUGUGACACUAAAACUGUAUGCUUCUCCAAACGACUAUUCAGAACAGACUGUACACUUCGACGAUCUUCAGAGGAGGUGUACGUGGUCAAGCAUGUCAGACAGACUAGACCACAAAGGUUUGCUCCCAGAGGCUGCCGCGCACCUUAUUACGAAGAGACCCAUCAUCUCGAAAAUUGUUGAAAAAGCUUGUAAGCGUGUGUCACGUCCAUUCAGGAUAAAACAUCUUGUAUAUAAGGAUUUUAAAAAUCUGAAUUUCCGCACAGUCCAUUGCAGUGUUGAAAUGUUUCAAUAAAAGAUUUCAUAAAAUCUAUAUUUCAAUAAAAUCAAUAUCCACAAAA